AUGAUCCGACAAGAUGUUAAUCGCAUUGAUCCUAAGCGGAGGACCAUCAUUGACCCCAAGAAAAGACAGUUCGCCCCGGCAACUUUCAAACAACAAGACUAUCCCCAUCGCAUGAACAUCUAUGACACGCCUCCUACCGCGGAGAUCACUCUGGAGCAAUUCGAGCAAUGGGCCAUCGAUAGACUGAAGAUCCUGGCCGAGAUCGAAGCAUGCUCUUAUCGCAAUAAAUCCCCCGCCGAGACCGCGAGUUACAUCACGCCUCUCCUCCAGAAAUUCCUCCCUCUCUCCUCAAACACUUCGUCAUCCUCGGGCUCUGCCGAUCAGCGUCUGAAGAAUGAACGCCAAAAGGAUCACUAUUCUCAUUUCAUCCUCCGAUUGGCCUUCUCCGCCACGGAGGACCUCCGUCGUCGGUUUGCGCGCGCUGAGAGCAUGCUAUUCAGGUUCCGCUUCCAGCAAGACGAUUCGAGGGAGAAGCGCGCCUUUAUCGAUAGUUUGAAUCUCGACUGGGAGCCUUUGGGUGACUUCGAGAAGACCGAGGUUGCUGAGGCUCUGAUGAGUUCUACCGCGGGAUUGCGUCGAGUAGACGACGAGACUUGGUAUAAGGUUGAUUGGGAGAAAGUUCCCGAAUUGAUCGAGAGACGUGCGGUCUACCUGAAAAAAGGAAAGGCUUAUGUCCCCGGACGAGAACAGAUGAGUAUGAUCUUGGCUGAGUUCACUGCUCGCUUGGAGCGUGCACUCGAGCUCACGAGCCGUGCCCUCCCCCGUCUAGAUGAGGAUGACCGUCUUACGCCAAUUCUGAACCAUCUUUCGAAGAACUUUGGCAGCGCCGAUUCGGUAUACUCCGAAGGCGAGGGAUACAUAGACGGAGCUCCCAUCACGGCCAGCUCCAUUGAUCAGCUGGCCCAACAGCACUUCCCCUUGUGCAUGAAGAGCUUGCACGUGAACUUGCGCAAGAACAACCAUCUCAAACACUUUGGUCGACUGCAAUACACGCUUUUCUUGAAGGGCAUUGGGUUGUCUCUAGAAGAGUGUAUUCUGUUCUGGCGCCAGUCUUUCAAGGGCAAGACCGAUGAUGAGUUCAACUCGCAGUACAAGUACAACAUCCGUCACGCAUACGGUGAAGUUGGCGGUGAUGUGAACCGUCGUGGAAAAGGAUACACUCCCUACUCAUGCCAGAAGAUCCUCGGUGAUUCGAAUCCCGGCAUUGGCCAGACUCAUGGUUGUCCCUAUCGCCACUAUUCUGUGGACAACCUGGUUGGGUUCCUCCAAGCCACUGGCGUUAGUGACAAGGAAGUCCUGCGUGGUGUCCGCGAGGACGUUGGCAAGAUGCGUUAUCACAUCGCCUGUAAUCGGGUCUUCGAGGCAACGCACAAGAACGAGAUCAAGAAGGUCAAGGAGGAGGGAACCAUGAGCCAAACUGACCUGGACACCAUCGUUCAUCCAAACACCUACUUCAAGCGCAGUUUCCUCUUGAAGCAGAUGUCCAAGGCGCCCAAGGAUGCAUGA